AUGGCAUCUAAUGAAUGGUGUGAUGAAAAAAUUCAAGAAAAUCCAAGUUUUGCAAAAUUUCGUGAAAAGGGAAUCGGUAAAGAGCUUUAUGAGAAAUACGAAAUUAUAUUUUUGAGUACCGUGGCUACCGGAGAUUAUGCAUAUGCUCCAUCUUCUGGAAUUUUACCUAGUGAUAUUGAAGAACUGUCACAUGAUGAUGUGCUUUCUACUCAACAGAGUGGUUAUCUAGAAAAUAAUUUUAAUGAACAUUUAAAUGAGAUGAGUGGUGGAGGAUUAGGCAAGGAACAAUCGUUUACUGAGCUCCUUUUUGGAACAACAAACUUAGAAAAUGUUGGAAGUAAUACUAGUCAAGGAAGUGGUAAAAAGCAAAAGAGAACAGAUUCUCCAGCUGAUGGGCGAAUGAAUAAGAAAGGGGGUAAAGAAAAAAAAUUAUCGGGUACUGAGCAAGUGACCAAUAUUGUUAGAGAAUUGAAUGAAGGUAUGCAGGAAAGUAUGAAAAAUAAGACUACUGCAUUAUGUAGAGUUUUAGGGGAUCGCCCAGGUUGUUCCAUUGAAGAGGUUAUGAAAGAUGUUCUUUCUUUACCACAAAUGCAAGAGGCAAGUGAUAUUUAUUUUUUUAGUACUUUAUUGUUGGAUCAAAAAUCAAAAAGAGAGAUGUACUGUACUUUGAAAGAUACUGGGACAAAGUAG